AUGGGGUUUGUUUCUAACAUUACAAAUAGGAUAAAGCCAGCUAAUCAACAUUUGGAUAAUAGCUCAUCAGAUGGUGAAAUUGUACAUAAAUUUGAUGAAUUAACUGAAUAUAAUGAACAAUAUCCAGAACCUACCACUGAAGACUAUGCAACUUUACCAAAGAAAUUAGGUCAUGCUCCUUACAAGACUUAUUUGAUUUGUCUUAUUGAAUUUGCUGAAAGAGCUUCAUAUUAUGGUGUUAAAGGUCGUUUAAAUAAUUUUAUUCAAUUACCUUUACCAAAAGAUGGUAAUGGUGCUGGUGCUCCUCCAAAAGGUACACAAAAGAAUGCUGGUGCUUUAGGUCUUGGUUUAAGAACCGCUUCAGCUGUCACUUUGUUAUUAACCUUUUUAGCUUAUUUAACUCCUUUAUAUGGUGGUUAUAUCUCUGAUAAGAAAUAUGGUAGAGUUAAAACCAUUUGGCUUGGUGUUUGGGUUGGUGCUAUUUCUCAUAUUAUCUUGAUUAUUGCAGCUAUUCCAUCAGUUAUCAAAGGUGGUGCUGCUUUAGCUCCAACAAUUAUUGCUAUUCUAACAUUGGCUCUUGGUACUGGUUUUAUUAAACCAAAUUUAUUACCUUUAUUAUAUGACCAAUAUGAACAUAAAAGAGAUAUUGUUAAGACCAAAGAAAAUGGUGAAAGAGUCAUUGAACUUAGAGAACCAACAUUAGAAAGAAUGACAUUAGUCUUCUACUGGUCAAUUAAUGUUGGUGCAUUUUUAAGUCUUGCUACAGCUUAUUGUGCCAAAUUAAUUGGAUUUUGGUUAGCUUAUUUGAUUCCAGGUAUUAUUUAUUUCAUUAUGGUUCCUGUUUUAUUAAUUUUAGCUCCAAAAUUAAAGAAAGAAACACCAAAUGGAUUAUCAAUUGUGGAAGAAACUUUUAAAGUUAUUAAAUAUGCAUUGAAAGGUGGAUGGAUUAAAAGAUUAAGAUCUGGUGAAUUUUGGGAAUAUGCUAAACCAUCAAAUAUUGUAUCAAGAGGUGAUGUUCAAGCUGUUGAAGCUGUUAAUAAAAAGGGUAAAAAGAAAGUUUCAUGGAAUGAUCAAUUUGUUAAUGAUGUUUGGAUUACAAUUGAUGCUUGUAAGAUCUUUUUAUUUUUCAUUAUUUAUAACAUUACAGAUGGUGGUAUUGGUGGUAUUGAAAAUUCUCAAGCCAAUUCAAUGACUACAAAUGGUGUUCCAAAUGAUUUGAUUGAUAAUUUUAAUCCUUUAACUAUUAUUGUUUUCAUUCCAUUCUUAGAUUAUGUUCUUUAUCCAAUUUUAAGAAAAUAUAAUAUUGAAUUUAGACCAGUUCAUAGAAUGUUUUUUGGAUUUAUACUUGCUGCAAUUUCACAAGUUGCAGGUGCAAUUAUUCAAUGGAAAGUUUAUGAAAGUUCACCAUGUGGUUAUUACGCUACAGACUGUGAUGUUGGUACUGGUGUUUCACCAAUUUCUGUUUGGGUUGAAGUUGUUUUAUACGUUUUAGGUGCUGCUUCUGAAUGUUUUGCCAAUACAGCAGCUUAUGAAAUUGCUUAUACAAGAGCACCAGAACAUAUGAAAGGUUUAGUUAUGGCUUUAUUCUUAUUCAUGCAAUCUAUUUCAGCUGCAAUCUCUGAAGCUGCUACAUCAGCAUUAAUUGAUCCUCAUUUAAUUUGGCCAUUUGUUGCUUGUGCUAUUGUUGGAUUUGUCUCUGCAGUUUAUUUCUUAUGGUUAUAUAAAGAUUUACAUAUUAUUAUGGAACGUGAAAGAAUUGAAAAGGAAAAUUUAUUAAAGAAAGAAUAUGAAGAAUAUUUGAAUGCCAAAGAAUUUGAUGAAGUUGAAGGGGAUAAGGAUAAAACCAUUGAAAAAGUUGUGAGUAAAGAUCUUUCAGUUGAAGAUCAUUUAAUUGAAACAAAAGCAGUUGAAAGUAAUCUAGAAACCAAGAAAUAA